AUGAAACGCAAUGGCAAGUUUAAUAGUCCGGCCGAAGGAGUAAAAAUACAACAGGUGGAGAAAAAAGUUACUUUGACCAAGAAAAACAAUAGUGAAAUUAUGAUUAGGAAGCCAAGAAAUAGAACUAAGAAUUCCAAACCAGUCAAUGGCAGUGGCAGAAGUUUUCCAUCCUCUCUUAAUGUAAGGAAGCAUUCAGUCAAUAAAAGUGGUGAGAGCUCAAAUACAGAUCGUGGUAAGGGUAACAUAAAACGCACCAAUGCACAAACAGCCAUUACUGAAAAAGAUGACGUAGCAAUCGCUAUCAAAAUAGCAUCUUUUAUCAGGAAAGUAUUAGAAAAUGAAUUACCCAAAGAGAAGAUGGAAUGGCCACUAUUUUUAAUGAUUGAAUCCAGACAAUCGGUCAAAAUUUCUCAACAAGAUUUUCAAAACAUGAUAAUAAACAAAUCUGCUGAAAUUAUGGCCACCAAAUCAUAUUUAACAAGACAAAUGGAUAAUUUAUCAAUUUGUGAAGAACAACAACAAUCAUAUUAUGAAAAAUAUGUACAAUUAUUAAAUCAUGUAAAUACUUUGAGUGCCAAACUGGAUCGUCUGAAUAGGAUGCCUCCCACUACUGUUAAACAUGUUAGAAGUGUUGGAACAAAUGUCAGUAUGCUGUAAACUAUAACUAUGC